UUUGAAUUAGAAAAUUUUCUACGAACAAAUUCGUUCGUUCGAACAAGAAGAAGAGUAAAAAAAAAAAUCAUAACCAAGUAAGAAUUUUUACCAUGGACGCGGUAAUUUGGAACAUCAUUUUGGUGGUAGCAGUAUUCUGCUUUUCCGGAGCACAAGCUGGGGGAUGUUCCGGUUUCAAAAUGCUUCGUAAAGGAGAGCUUAGCUGUACAGAGAAAAAAAUCAUCGUCGACGAACACAACAGGUUGCGAUCUGCUAUCGCCAUGGGGACAGUCAGCGGACAACCCGCAGCCUCCAACAUGAUGGAAAUGGUAUGGGACGACGAGCUGGCUUAUCUCGCCCAGAGGUGGGCUAAUCUUUGCAACGAAUAUCACGACUCUGACAGGACUGUCGGGCGGUUCACAAUCGGUCAAAAUCUCGCCCUUUCCUGGACGACCAGGAAUCCGAGUUCAUCAUCCGACGCUGCUCCAAAUUUUGUGCAUCAGAUCAACAACUGGUUCAACGAGGUACAGAGGUACAACCCCAACAGCAUAAACAGCGGGACCGGCCAUUACACUCAGGUUAUCUGGAGCAACACCUACGCCGUUGGAUGCGGGUACUCUUACUACUGGGACCCUCGCCGAGGGUAUACAAAAAAUUACGUCUGCAACUACGGACCCAGUGGUAAUGUCCUUGGAUAUCAGCCUUAUCGCACUGGUCGGCCAUCGUGCGCAAACUACGGAAUGAACUGGUCGAGACUGUAUUCUGGACUAUGCUCAAAGGGAUUUUAUCAUCCUCUUGGAGCUCAUUGCACGACUUACAAUUAAUUGCGGUUGAAAAGACGAGAGGGAAAAAAAUAUGACAACGUUUUUCCUACACGAAGAAAACUCGUAUACCUAACAUCGCCGCAAUUUUCUGCGUUCGUGCGAUUCACACGACUGCGUCGACAUAUGCAAUAUUGCAUCGCACAUUUAUGUAACCCAGAA